CAGUGAUGAUCAAAAUAUUAUCAUCCAGCGCCGAGAAGAUCGGAAUGCAGCUUAAGAGCAAAGGUGGCGAAACCAUCAAGAGUCUCGAGAUUAGGCAACCCGAGAAACCUAAACCCCCAGCAGAAAGACAAAACCUCCAGCUGCCAAGCCAAAAGAAGCUGAUCAGAAGCCAAAACCUCCAGCAGAGAAUCAAACUCCCGUACCAGGGUGCCCACCAGGCUAUCGAAUUGGAGGGUGUUGUAAGCCAUGCCAUGAAGGGCAUUGUGGUGGACCAUGCCACCAUGGCUGUGGGAUUCCGCGUCAACCACCAUCCAAUGAUGGCUGGGCUUCUGGGUGUCGGUGUAACAGAAGCUGCGGUCGCCGCUGUGAAUUCUAGCAACAUAUCUACUUUGAGUAUUGAAGAAAUCCCAUAUGCACCAUCCUGUGAAUCAUACUCCAUUGAUGUGAUUGUCGUUGUCUGGUUUUUUAAUUCCUUCUCUCAGUUGGGUGUUGAGCCACCUGUAGGCAGAAAACCGCCAUCUCUUGGAGAUACCUUGAAUGGUUCGAUCCUCAAAAAGUACUGGUACGGAACAUCCAGAACAGAUGAAACAGGCACAUUUCCCCCACCAAUUUCCCUUAUGAAUAGUUAUCUGGGCCAAUUGAGCGAUCUUGGCUCUGGUACUGGAAAAUUCUUCAACCAUUUUGUUCAGAUCCCACCACUCACCGCUAUGGCAGAGGGUACGAUUAUGGUGCUGAAGGUUGAUCUAGGGUGUGAACGCUGUUGCAAGCAGAUCAGGAAACUGAUCUGUAAAAUUCCUGAAAUAAAAGAGUAUGCUUUCCAUGAGAAGGACAACGCAGUGAUGAUCAAAGUAGUAUGCUACUGCCCUGAGAAGAUCAAAACGAAGCUUAUCUGCAAAGGUGGCAAAAUCAUCCAAAGUAUUGAGGUUAGAGAACCCGAGAAGCCUAAACCCCCAGCAGACAAGCCAAAACCUCCAGCUGACAAGCCAAAACCUCCAGCUGACAAGCCAGAACCUCCAGCUGACAAACCAAAACCUCAAGCUGACAAGCCAAAGGUACCGGUGCCAACUCCAGUAACAGGGUAUCCACCAUUCAUCUAUCCACCUGGAGUGUGUUGUAAGUCAUGCUAUGAGGGACGCGGUGGUGGCCCCUGCCACCAUGGAUGUAGGAUUCCGCGCCAACCACCAUCUUAUGAUGGAUAUCUGAAGCUAGUGCCAUCCUAUGAUGGCUGGCCUUCUGGGUGUCGCUGUAACAGAAGCUAUGGUUGCCGCUGUGAAUUCUUUACUGAAGAAAAUCCAGCAUUCACCAUCAUGUGAAUCAUUCUCCAUCGUGACUGUCCUUGUCUGGUUUUUUAUUUCCUUUUCUCAGUUGGGUGUCGAGUCAGUGAUCAGUCCUUUUGGGUUCUUUUCUCCUCCACAGCAUCAAGGCUGUAUAGGCCAAAGGAUUAAUAAUAAUGUUUGUGGGCUAAUAGUGUUGAUUCCAUCGUUAGAUGAGUAAGACAGUAAAAGUCUUUCUAUGACCAUUUCCUUUCCAUACUGUUGCAUCUCA